AUGGGUUCAAAUUUAAUAAAAAAAAAAAUUAUAUUAUCAGGAUUUGGUAAAUUCUGUGGAGUUGAGGAUAACCCAAGCUCUCAUUUAGUUAGAGAUAUAGAAAAUUAUAUUAAUACUUUAGAAAAUAAAAAUGAAUUAAAGUUUGAAAUUGUUAAAAAAGAUAUUAUAGAGGUUUCAGCAGAAGCAACAAACCAUUAUUUAAAAACAUUAGAAAAUGUUAAUUUAAAUAAAGACAAUAACCAAAAUCCAUUUUUAUUACACUUGGGUGUAUCUUCAAGUGAAUUGUCAAAUCGUUUAGAGAUGUAUGGUUGGAAUAUGGCAGAUUUUAGAUGUAAGGAUGAGCGUGGUUGGAUGCCAUCUAAGGAGCUUAUUGAUCAAGAUGAUUCAAACGAAAAAUAUGAAACCCAGUUACCAAUUUUAGAGUUUACAAAUCAACUUUCAUCAUUAAAUUAUAAAGUAAAAGAAUCUGAUGAUCCUGGUAGAUUUCUUUGUAAUUAUAUUUACUUUUUAUCAUUAAAAUUAUCAAAACAAUAUAAAACAGAUUCUUUAUUUUUACACAUACCAGAAUUUAAAACAAUUGACAAGAAUUCACAAUUAAAGUUUUUAGUAGAUUUAAUGAAUCUAAUUGCAGUUGAAAAAUUAAAAUAAAUAAUAUAAAUUUC